AUGUCCGUGCGCCGCCCACCUUCGCUCACCUCCGCCGGCCACCCACGUCCACCCGCCUCCGCUCACCUCCGCCGGCCGCCCGCGUCCGCGCGCCUCCCGUGCGGCCAACCGCCUCCGCUCGCCGUCCGCACGCCGCCCGCAUCCACCCGCCUCGGCUCGCCGUCCGCGCGCCGCCCUCGUCCACCCGCCUCCGCCCGCGCGCCGGCCCCGACCUCGUCCUCCGUUGCCAUGCACGCCACGCUGGCCACGACCGCGUCCUUCAUCGCCACGCGCCGGCCCCGACCACGUCCUUCAUCACCACGCGUGCUCCGCUGGCCUCGAUCUCGUCCUCUGUCGCCACGUGCUCCGGCCCUGACCGCGUCCUUCGUCGCCGCGCGUGCCCCGCCGGCCUCCUCCGUCGCCACGCGCACCGGCCCUGACCGCGUCCUCCGUCGCCACGCGCGCCCCGCCGGCCUCGACCGCGUCCUCCGUCACCAAGCGCCCCAGCCAUGGGGUGUCUCCGGUCCUACCCAUUGCUCGAAAGGCAGCCGACUUAGGCCGAAAUGA